GGAGGAGGUACUUCUGGCAACAGGUUGGCAGAAUAACUUCCUGACAUUUCCCAGAAGAACAACCCAACGACGGACCUGAUUUUUCCUCCUCUGGAUUUUUACUGUUUUUACUACACUUUUGUCUCCAGCAGCGUCCUGCAGCAGCUAAAAUGUCUGUGACUGUGACGAAAGGUGACGGGAUCACUGUCCUCACCAUGAGAUCUGACCCAGAAAGUUUAUGGCCCCCCGUGUGCCAGAUCAUCAAGAACCUUUGCUACAGCCCAGUCUGCUGCUCGGUGUCUCAGCACCUGAGAACAGUCCAGAAAAAAGAUCUGCCAGUACUUGGGGCUAUGCAGGUUGUGAUGGGACUGCUCAACAUUGGGCUCGGUGCAAUCCUCAGUAUAAACUACUGGUGGGGAGUCAUGAGAACUGGGUUCCCCUACUGGUUAGGAGGAUUGUCCAUUGCGUUUGGGACCAUGUGUAUUUUGUCUCAGAGGUUCCCCAGUCCAUGUCUGGUAAUCCUCAGUGUGACCGUGAACCUGGCAGGAGUUGCCUUUGCUAUUACAGGCAUUGUGCUCUACAGCAUCCUUUUUUCAGAAAGCUUUAGAGACAAUUUUUCAUGGGAUUGCAGGAACAACCGGUACUAUGGAUACACAACACCAAGCCCAUCUCCUGGUGAACAGCUCAUAUACGAGAAAUGCAUUGAGGGCAUGGCACUGCUUCAGACGAUCCUGAAAGGCACCAUCAUUCUGCUGAUUGUCUUGUCUGUCUUGGAGCUUUGCGUUGCCUUCAGCUCUUUCAUGUUGGGAGUCAAGGCUCUGAGGAGAAAGAAAGAUGGUAGAGAUGGAAAUAAUGUUUAAAUCUGAGUGUUAUGAGCAACAACUUCUUUUAUCCUUUUACAACCUGAUUUUUCUUCUUUACUGUUCUGAUGACCGACAACAACAACAACAAACCAACGUUGGAUGACGUCACCAUUAAACCUGCAGCCUUCAAAGUUUUAUUUUCUAUGUAAAAAAAAAAAUUUAAGCCUGAGGCAACUUUAAAAAGCUGUGGCAACCAUCUUUAAAACCCUGCGAUUAAGUUAAUACAAGUUUAUUCUGUUAAGAUGUUCAGUUGUUGGGAAUUCUUUGCUCAUGUCAUUUUUAUAGUUCAGAUUUAUUUCUGUGUUUAAUGUCAGAAUAUCUAAAAUGUUUAUUUCAUGAAAAACUUCCUUUUUAAUUGUUUAAAUUUUAAUUUAAUGGUUUUGAUUAACUAAAAAAAGAGUUUUGCAUAACUCUUGUAGAAAAAAUCUUACGCAGUUCUUUAGUUAUUUCUAUAUUAGAACUUUAAAUCACUUUCUCUGAACCUGUACAACUAUUUGAUUGUUUAUUGAUCAACAUGUUCUGCUCUAACAAGGUAAUAAACAUACA